GUGUUUGCAUAUGUAUUAUUUAAUAGGAAAGAGAACAAUGCCAAAGACAGUGUACAACAUUGUUUUGAAUCUUCUGAAGCAGAAAGGAGUUGGCUUUACAUCUGUGCAGGUGGGGAGUACUGGCGUGUAUAUUACAAAGACACUCACCAAUGUUCUUUGGUACUUGGAUCCACACAUUGAAAAGUUCAAUGCCAAAUGUAUUCACUUCGGAGAUGAUAUCAACAAAUUUAGAGGAUAUAAUGAUUGGAGACAUCAAAAAAAGAAAGAACCGAAGGUGACAUCCUCAGAUUUGCAUGAAAAAAUCUCGGAACUUCUUACCAUGAUGGGACAUCCAUUCUUUUUGAGUAAAGAAUCAAAGAAACUACUUGAUAUAUGUAAUACGCUAGUCUCUGGAAUGAAAAAAUAUUUGGAUUUUUUGAGUGAGCAAAAGGAAAGAACUGCUUUUAAUCACCAAAAGCCAGAACCUGUUAGAGGAUUGAAUGACAAGUGGUCUCUAAGAAAACCAGAUACUUCUCAAGGUGUCAAUAAAAACUAUUUGAAAUUGCAUGAGUCACUUUUGGAACGUGAACCAUUUGAUCCAUUGUUUUUGUAUGAUAUCCUACCUGAAGAUAAAUUUGACAGGCGGAAAUGGAUUGUAAACCUAACUUUGCCUUAUUCUGUGAAACUCUACACGCACAGGUUUGGAAAUUAUCUUGGGAAUUUUCAUUUUGUCUGGAAAAUUGAAGAUAAUGAUGCAAAUGGUGAUCUAGAGGCCAUAUCAAGCAUAAAGGAAAACUUGCCUGUUUAUGCAACAAGGGCUAUGAGAAAUGAGUUUAUUAACCGUUAUUCAAAAACUGGGACUAAGCCUGCUAUCUUACGAGAUAUGUACAGAUUCCUGACACGUGAUGCAAGUGCAGCAGCAUCAAGUGAUGAAAGAGCAGUUGAUGAUAGAGUUUUGGAGUUCCUUUUACAAGCCGAUGCACCAGAAAUGUUUUAUGACUUGAGAAAAAAUAAUGGCAGACCCAAAGACACAUCAUUGGACCUAUUUUGGAAUGCCCUGGAUUCGUAUUUAGAGGAGAAAUCUGUUGUUCAGGAGAGACGUCAAUCUGAUAAAAUGUACAUGCCUUUAGCCAUUAGUUGCCAGGACUUGAUAGAAAUUAUAGCUGCAAGACUGCCUGCAGGAUCAAAUUUACCAUCCCGAUCAUGGUUAAGCCUGAAUUUUUGGCCAUCCAAUGCUUUUGUGCGAUCAGCAGUAUGCUACACAGGCCGCUUUAAAGUCAAGAAUGCAGUACAACAAAGACUUACCAGAGCCACACAUCCCGAUUCCUCUUAUGCCUUCAAUUUUUUUUCCAUGUUGAAGGAAUUGGCCGUGAAUUUAGGUACAGACUGUGCCUUAAUAUGCCUAGAUGACAAGUCUAUUGUGCCAAUAGGUGAACUUGGUUCACCGACAUCAACAGGUGUUAGAGCUCAUAACAAAUCUUUGAUACCAGAGGGAGCCAAAUUGUCAGCCCUAGACCAUGACUUCCAUAUUCAUGGUGCAGUGCCCUCAGUACUUCUGGAUGUUGAGCUACCAAAGUGCAAAGAUGACAGCUUUUAUAAUGGUGUUCUUCACGUAACUGUAAAGGACAAGGUUUUCACACCAUCGAGUCCAAUACGCCAUGCAGCUGAAAGUAUAUCUAUUUUUAGAAAUAGCAGAAGUUCUGAUGGACUAUUCCUGGACUGUCCUAUUCUCUUCAUUUACACCGAUGGUGGUCCAGAUCACAGAACAACAUUCUGGAGCGUAAAACUUGCGCACAUUGCAACAUUUAUCGCGCUGGACUUGGAUCUGCUCAUUGCAGCAAGGACUGCACCAUUUCAUAGCUACUAUAAUCCAGCUGAGCGUUGCAUGAGUUUGUUGAAUUUGGCCCUUCAGAAUGUAUCCUUGCAAAGGAAUUCCAUGGAUGUCAACUUUGAAUAUAUUGUCAAACCUGCAUCAAGUUUGAAAAAGCUGAGGGAUCUUUCUGAGAGACAACCGAAUGUCAAAACAGCUCUUGAAGAAUCACUAGAGCCCACUCUAUCUUUAUUGAAACACAGAUUUUCUAAGCUGAAGUUGCACAACAGAAAUGUAGUAGUACAUGAUGCAGCAACCUUUGAAGAAAUCAAGAAUCUAAGUGAUGUCCUAGACUUGUUUAAAGAUACAGAAGAUUCUUGCAGUGUGAUAGAGUGUAACGAGAAAAAUGCUCCAAAGAAGUUGAAGGACUUCAUUGACAAACAUUGUCGAGCACGGCAAUAUUCAUUCCAGAUAAAAAAGUGUACUGCUCAGUGCUGGUAUUGCACCCUGAAUCCAAAGAGGCUUCCUGGUGAUAACCCCCUUCAUUGGUUACCGGAUCCCACCAAAGGUCCUGAUGGCACAUACCAAUCUCUUGAGGAUCUCAUGGACACAGAGACCACAGACAAGGAUUGUCCUGGAUUAAGCCUUAAAGGAACUACUACUGACAAUGACAAGAAGGAAAGUUCGCAGCUUCAUCAUCUGCUGCCUUUGUGGGAAGCGGAGAGUGGUGUACUCGAAGGAACGGCUCAGUAG